UCGGCCGGGCGGAGUCCCCCGUCAGCGCAGGAGCGUUCUCUCGCUUUCGUUUUUGACGUCCGACGGAGCCAUUCGAAGUUUUUUUUUUCCUCCCCCCGUCACACGCCCUCCUGUAGCCCAGGACCGCGCUCGCCGGCGACAGAGAAAAGAUCGCGAAGCGACGUGAAGGGGCGCAAGCGGGCUGGAGAUCCCUGAGGGAGGAGUGUGAGGAUGGCACAGAACAAGUUUCUUGCAGCGAAGCUGAAAAGCUAUUUGCGUGAAGACAAAAUUCAGCUAUGGAAGCCUCCAUAUACCAACAGCAACAAGGAAGCUGGAGAGGAGUUGAAGGAUCUCACCCGGCAAUAUUCAGCCAGGCUCAAUUACAAUGACAAUGAAAUAGGAGCUCUUCUGGAAGAAAUACGUUGCAAAGCUGUCGAGAGAGGAAUGGGAAAUGAAGCUUAUAAGUCAACGGGCGUGGCAACCCUUGAAGUAGCCUUACCUUCAAGGAUGGGUAAAACGCAAAAGAAUAUGCUGGAAACCAAAUUGGUUAUCACAGGCAAAGAGCUGCGAUCCCAAAUAGCACAGACUUACGGAUUUGAAGAAAACUGCAUUAAAGUAAUUAUAAACAAGAAACAACUGGAAUUAGGAAAGACACUAGAAGAGCAGGGUGUCACCCACAAUGUCAAAGUGAUGGUGCUCGAGCUGAAGCUGAGUGAAGAAGAAGCCAGAAGAAAAAUCCGUGAAGAGGAGAUACAGUAUGAACAAGAGGCUCUAAAGAAGAAAGAGAUCAAUCAAAGGAUGCAGAGGACAAAAAGGGGAUUAGAAAUACUUGCUGAAAGAGAAAAUUCUUUUGAUCCAGACACCGCACCUUAUCUGGACAUAGCAAAUCAGACUGGAAGAACUAUCCAGAUUCCUCCACAAGCCAAAAAAGCUCUUUUAAUAGCUAUGGGGUACCAUGAGAAGGGCAGAGCUUUCUUGAAAAAAAAAGAAUAUGCUGUGGCACUGCCGUACCUGUUGGAUGCGGAUAAACACUUUUGUGAAUGUUGCUCAGACCUCCUCACCACGGUGGAUAAUUAUGCCGUUCUGCAACUGGACAUUGUCUGGUGCUAUUUCCACCUGGGCCAGCUGGAAUGCCUUGACGAUGCCGAGAAAAAGCUCCUGUCAGCCCAUGACUGCUUCAGAAAGUGUUACGGAGAGCACCACGAAAGGCUGGUCACCAUAAAAGGGAGCUCUGGGAGAGAGAAAGCUUUAUUUUUGAGGCUCUACCUUCUUGAAGGCAUAAGCCAUUAUCACAAUGGCCGAGAGAAAGAAGCUGCUGAAUGUCUUCAAAGAGCACAUAGCUUGUUCCAAGAGCUGGUCAUUGACCCAGAAAAGAUCAAUAGCUUGUUACUUCUGGGUUUCUCUGCUCAAGAGGCUCGCUUAGGUCUCCGAGCUUGUGAUGGUCAUUUGGAGCAUGCUGCCAAUCAUAUUUCCAACAGGAGGGAGGAGAAGGCUCUGAUACGGAGGGAGGAGAAGGCCAAAAGGAGAAGGCAAUUAGAAGGCAUAAACUCCUUGAAAAGUAUGGGCUACUCAGAACGAGCAGCCAGAGAGGCACUUCACAAGUCAAAAGGGAACAUUGAAGAAGCAGUGAAGGUUUUACUUGAUAAUCCCCAACUGCUGUUAUCAAAUGAUGAUGCUUCUACCCCAGGAGAAGAGUUUCAGGUUCCCCAGCAAAGUAUUGAACAGCUGGUAUACAUGGGCUUUAAUCCUGGCAUUGCGGAGCAAGCUCUGAAAGUAUUCCGAGGCAACAUUCAGCUGGCUGUGCAGACCCUUCUUCAUUAUGGGGGGUCCCUUCCUGCUGACCUACAGACCCCUUCGGACAGCACCAGCACUUCCAAUGAAUCCAGCUCAUCCAAAGACUCUCCUACCGAUUCUGCAGGCACAUCUGGGGCUUCGACAGAUGAAGACAUGGAAGUGGAUGCUGUCAGUGAAAUCUUAGAAGAUAUUCCAGAACAUGAAGAAGAUUACUUGGACUUAACUUUGGAAGAAGAGGAAGUUGUCAUUAAUGAGUACCUGUCCUAUAUAAGACAUCUGCAGAUCCCUUCCAAGUAGAGAAAGGCUGCAUCUCAAUUAUGUACUUCAGGGUCUUUUGGGCUAGAUCAGGCAGAGUUAGUUGCUUUUAAGUCUCAUAGAACUCAAGAACUCAGCUAACUUAACUGGAACUAAUUUAGUCCCGAUCCAGAGCUUAAAGGUUAGGUCGCUUUCUUAUAUUUUGCCAGAUGCCUUAAGUAGCUGCAUAGUUUUGAAACGUUGGCAUGCAAAAUAAGUCUAUGUAACCGCGAUCUAAAGCCACCACUGGACAGUACUGUCACUUGUAGAACAGAAAUAUUUACAGAAAUAUUUUUGUAGAACACUUCAGCAUAAAUAUGUUGAUGUAAAAUUGAUUUAUUUAAAUCAUAGCCUGAAUAAAAUCCAUUUUGCAUCCCUUCACAGCAAUAGAUUUUUUUAAAAAAAAACAGUGAAUGAGCUCAGUAGGGCAGCCCUUGAGUAGAAUCCCGUGAAGAUUAGUCCUGGUGUUUUCUCAUUAGAAAUAAGGAUUUGUGCGUAGAGCAGUUUUUAUGGAAUUUUUCUUUCCCUUUUUAAUACUAUUGUAAACCUAUUGUGUGUGGAAUUGAAAUACCUUCCUUUUCUAAGCAGUCUUGCUAAUGCACUACUAACCAAUAAAAAACACAUUUAUCACGG